UCUCGUUUUACCCCCUUCCCCCUCACAAAUCAGAAACCCUCAAAACCUUCACAAAUCAGAAACCCUCGUUUUCCAAAAGAAGAAGAAACCCUGGUUUUCCACUGAAACAGCGGGGAAAAGAGGGAAGAAAAGGAAGAAAAGAUGUCGUCGACGCUGCUGGAGGUGACGCGUGCGGCGCACGAGGAAGUGGAGCGGCUGGAGCGGACCGUCGUGAAGGAUCUCCAAACCGAACCGCAGAACACCAAGGACCGUCUCUACCAGAGCCACCGCGUUCGCAACAUGAUCGAACAAAUCACCUCCACCACUCAUAAAAUCAUUGAAAUUUAUGAAGAUAAGGAUAAUGCUCGGAAAGAUGAGAUUGCCGCCCUAGGUGGACUGAGCUCCACGUCAACGAAUGUUAAUGUUUAUAGUGCAUUUUAUGACAGAUUGAAAGAGAUUCGGGAUUACCACAGAAGGCAUUCAGCUGCACGUUAUGUUGAUACAACUGAUGAGUAUGAACAGCUUCUUAAAGAGGAGCCGGCUAUCGAGUUCACUGGGGAGGAAUCCUUUGGGCGAUACCUUGAUUUGCAUGAACUAUAUAAUGAGUACAUCAAUUCCAAAUUUGGUCAGCAAAUUGAGUACUCUGCUUAUCUCGAUGUAUUUUCUGACCAAGGGAAGAUAUCCCGCAAGUUGAAGUUGACUAGGCAAUAUCGGGAAUAUAUGCAGAGACUUUUGGAGUAUCUUGUUUACUUUUUUGAGCGUACAGAACCUUUGCAAGAUCUUGAAAGAAUAUUUUCAAAGGUUACUGUUGAAUUUGAAGAGCUGUGGAGCAGUGGACUAGUAGAAGGAUGGGAGAACGAGAAUCAUGAAGAUGGAAAUAUCCAACAACAGAUUGCACUUAUUGAUCUGGAUUAUUACAGUACAGCCGAACAGCUAACAGAAGUAGGACCUGAGAAGUUAAAGGAGGCUUUGGCUGCACUUGGUCUUAAAACAGGAGGUACCGUAAAACAGCGUGCAGAGAGGCUUUUUCUUACUAAGGAUACACCUCUUGAAAGUCUGGAUAGAAAACAUUUUGUCAAAGGCUUUCGUGGACCCGAACAAAAUGGUGGUGUUGCGGCACUACAAUCCAGUGAAGAUGCAAAAGCUAUUGCCUUGAUGGAAGCAAAAAUGAACAAGUUGUGUGACCUGUUGUCUGAGACAAUCGUGCGGACAAAAGAAAACAUUGAAAAGAAACACGCCUUGACGUAUGAUGAAAUUGUACAAGAACGUGAAGAGGACGAAGUGCAACCUGAGUCUGAAAGUGAUGAUGAAGAUCAGCAGAUCUACAAUCCCCUAAAAUUACCCAUGGGUUGGGACGGAAAGCCUAUACCCUACUGGUUGUAUAAGCUUCAUGGGCUUGGUCAGGAGUUCAAAUGUGAGAUAUGCGGGAAUCACAGUUAUUGGGGUCGCAGAGCCUAUGAACGCCAUUUCAAGGAAUGGAGACACCAACAUGGAAUGCGAUGUCUUGGAAUUCCAAAUACCAAGAAUUUUAAUGAAAUAACAUCAAUUGAGGAAGCAAAACAUCUCUGGGAAAGAAUUCAAGAAAAGCAAGGGGUAAACAAAUGGCGCCCGGAUCUUGAAGAAGAAUACGAAGAUCAAGAGGGCAACAUUUAUAACAAGAAGACAUAUACUGAUCUACAACGUCAGGGUUUGAUAUGAAGGAAAGUACACUCUACCCAUUUUGAGUAAAUUCGUGGAUUUCAUGGUAUUAACUAGAAAGAACCAUCCAGUAUUUUAGUUGGCUUCCCUGUGUAUUGAAGAAAUAUUUUAAUCUCUUUCAGGAACAAUGGCCCUGAAUACAUGGUGCUUUGAUGGCUCAGAUGUUGGCUAUUUAUCUGUAAGGCCUUACAUUCGUGUAAGCAAAGCAGGCUUGAGAUCCAAUUGGAUUCAAGUGACCUGCUAUAAGACUGCCUUUUGCCCAAAAAUGAGACGGGAUCACUAGCAUUCUUAAGAAGCUUGCUUGUAUUGGUUACUUUAUAACUAGUAAUUCUGCUUAUGAUGCACGGGUCCACAAACACAUGCAUGCUUUAUUACCUCUCAUUACUAGGUGGCUGUUAUAAUUUUGGUUCAUGGGUGAGAUUGUCCGUGAUAUUGUGCAUACGGUUAUAUUUAAUUGAUUUGUGAAGUGUA